AACUAGUCUUAAAAGUUCGGGACAGAAGGCUACUCGUCGCAAACCUCGAAAUAUCGCCAUGGAGACAAGUUUAUGCACCCUCUGUAUGGCCGUUGUUCUGUCAUCGAUUACACAGUAUUCAGGUGCAAUAGGUCCGGUUAUCAAGUGCGAGCCUUGUGAUGCUGGAGUGCGGCUUCUGUGCAAGCCUUUACCCGAGGACUGCGCCGAAAGAGUUCGCGAGCCGGGUUGCGGUUGCUGUAUGACUUGCGCCCUGGUCCUUGGACAGCCAUGUGGGGUUUACACGGGAAGAUGCGGCUCUGGUAUGACCUGUCUACAUCAGCCCGGAGAGACCAAACCUCUCCAAGCUCUGCUAGAGGGACGUGGAAUGUGUGCAAACUCAACCAACAAAAGACCCGUCAGCACCAUACCUCCAAUUAAUGAGAUACCAGAGAGUGUUGGUGUUCAGGAGGAGCAGAGAAGCUUCACAGCCCCCCCAUUCCUCCAGACCCCUUCCAGCACUCGCUGGCCCCAGGGGGGGCCUAGACUGCUCCAGCAGCCCUCUAUCCUCAGCCCCGCCAAGGCUGACGUCCUCCGACGGGUGCAGCUGAAGAGAGCUCAGAGCUUCAAAAUGGAGGAAGUCCCUGGCAUUCUCAGCACAGACCAGAACUUCUCUGUGGAAUCCAAGCAGGAGCUGGAGUAUGGUCCGUGUCGGCGAGAGAUGGAGAGUGUUCUCAACGGCCUGAAGAUCACAGACAUACUGAACCCGCGAGGAUUCCGCAUACCAAACUGUGACAAGAAAGGCUUCUAUAAGAAAAAGCAGUGUCGUCCAUCCAAGGGCAGAAAGCGAGGGUUCUGCUGGUGUGUGGACAAGUAUGGCCAGCCACUGCCAGGCUUCGACGGCAAGGAGAAAGGAGACGCCCAAUGCUACAACUCAGAGAGCCAAUAGGACGGAAGCCCACAGAGAGGGAGAGGGAGAGAGGGAGGGAGAGAGGCGGAGAGGAACUGUAAACAGCCAGAGGAACAGCGGUUAUUGGGAGAGAGGUCAACCGUGGCUCUGACAGCAGAGCUGUGGAGGGCUGGCAUUGCUGUUUCUGGAGCUCCUAGGACCUUACUAGAGGCAGGGCAGGCGGAGCGGGGAGGUGAAGUUCAACUCCCUUAGUCGUGCACCUCUCUCCAUUGCUAACCGUGUGCAGCUGGACUCAGACACAAGAAGUUCAACCAGCCUGGUGCAUCUCUGAGAAGUGCGGACAUUUCUGGAUUUUUCUAUCGCGAACUUGAUUGCACAGGGGUCAACCCUGAGCCCACCCCCCCAGAGACUCUGUCAGGGAGAGAUAGGCGUUGACGCACAAUUAAAUGGCACUAUACACGUGUGUGUUUGUGACAUGGUACUGUAAUCGAAUCCUUGUAAGCUUGUGAUUCUGACUGUGUGUGGUGUGCUAGAAUUGUAUCUGUGUCGUAUAUUCUCUGCAUAUCUGUAUGAGAGACAUUAAGUGCGUACAGGCACUUUAUUAACCAUAUCAUGGGCACAGACAGUAUGCAUGGUACAGUACAGUGUCCCCAUGGUAACCCAUGCCAUGUUUCUCUAUGCCAGUGCAUGCAACAGCUUUGAAUCCAUUCAGCGUUUCACUGCAUGCUCACUUCCUCCUCCUCAGGACCCUUUGAGAAAGGGAGUUGAAAUUCAAGGCAGAUUUUUCAUAUGCAGCUCAUACACAAUGCAUUAUUAUUAUUAUUAUUUUUGUUGGAUUCGGCUGCAUCGAAAGAAGGCCACAAUCGUUAUGGGCCUUAUUGUGUUUCUAGUGUUUAUUUUAUUGUUUGUUUUUAAGCUGUUCCAUUUGCAUAAGCUGGUAUGUGGGAUAAAGGAGACAAGCCUUCUCAUCUCACAUUUCUGUGUAGGUUUUUUGUUUGUAUUAACUACGCAGUGAGACCUUUUCAUUAUUUAGCUGUGCCUGUUGGCAAAAUUAAGUGUGCGUGUAUAACGCAACUGUAUGAUGCAAAUGUAUUUUACCUCUCAAAAGUCUAUUUUUAAGUAAUAAAGGCAAUAUAACCUGUUUUUCGUCCGGGCCCGCCCGCGGGACCGAAACACUGCCCCCUACUCCCCCUGUUACUACGCACUAAAUGUUAAUAAAUAUAUUUUUUUGACUACUACACAUGUUAUACAUCAUUGGAAAGCUACGAUUCUUGUGCUUGUAGAUAUGUAAACCAUUUCAAGAUCGAGUCACAACAACAAGUUUAGUCAACGUCUUUGUCCAGUCACUACUUUGGUGUUGUUUACAAAGCCAAACGUCUCUACUUACCCUCAAAGGUUCCGUGUCGUCCAGGUAUGCAAACAACACAUCAAAACUUGAUCUGCUUACAUUCCCAAGGGUUCAAAGUAUCUAACCAUGUAAAGUAAUUCGUCCAAAUACAAUGUUUUACGUUCAUGAAUAGCCAUUAUCCUUUGUUUCAUUAUGCAAGUUAGCCGACGGAAGAAACAACUUGUUCACAUAAA